AUGGAAAAUGAAACACAAGAAGAAUCACGGACAGAAAAUACAUUCAUUGUAAAAGACGACAAAUCGACUGAAGAGUUUCAAAAGUUCUUUUACGAAUUGUUUGAGAAAAAUGGUGUUUUGAACGAUCUCAGGGCAUAUUUACGUGGCCAUAUUAUAAAUAUACUCAAAAGCGUGGAAGAAGGUGACACAUUUAUUUGCCAAAAGCACUUUACACAGCGUCUGGAAGUAACUUUUCAAGCUAUAAAUAUGCUUAUUGCUGAAUAUCUUAUGCGCAUGGACUUCAGUUAUAGCCUGUCAGUAUUUAUAUCAGAGAUACCCUUGGCUAACAUGAUAUUUGAUUUUGCUAAGUCUCUGUUGGGGUGUAAGCCUAAUAUGCCACAACAAGACAUGAGGUUCAAAGAUCGAGAUGUGUGGUGUGUUUUGAACUACAUUGGUGUAAAAUGUGAUUCGGAGUCUGCGGCAAAUAUAGUAAAUAUGUAUAGAAAUGAAGAAAGACCCCUUCUGAUAUGUAUACUAAAGUGCAUCACUUUACAUAAAAAUCAGCUGGAAGAUUUAGGAGAUAACAAUUUGAAAGUCAGUACUUCCAAUAGUUCUUGUUUGUCGGAAGAGGCUAGUAUGAAUACCACUGCAGGAUCUGAAACUUGUACAUGCAAGCAUCUAGCAUUCUGUUCAACUUGCAAGCAGAAGAUUAAAGGUUUUCAGAUGCAAUAUAAAAAGAAAAAAAGGAAACUGCGCAAGAGUCUUGAUUCCUCGGAUAGAAAUGUAAAUGUUCAGAAGUUCCUUAGGGAAGUGGAUGUUACGGAGAGAAGUAUUAUUGAUCAGAUGUUUGAGCAGCUUAAGGCUGUCUACGAGGCAGAAGUGGAUAUGGUGCGUGAAGAGGAAGAAAGAAAAAUCAAGCGGUCACUUGCGAAUCACGCGCUAUUGCUGCAAAGGCGUUACGAUGAGAUGGAAGAAUCGUUCAAGGCUCGCGAGGCCGAACUGGAGUGCAGCGUUCGGCAGAGGAAGAAGUUCCUCUGGGGCCUGGCACGUGCCUUGAGGGAGCAACACUCCAACAUGGCGGACGCCAUGAGAGCCGUCCAGAAGGAAUCGGAACGGUUGACUGCCAAGGAGGACAGUCUGAAAGUUCAGAUAUCGGAAGCGGAACAAAUGCUGAGAAAGAAAGGCGAGGACAUGCGCGACCAGAUAUCGAGCGAGCUGAUCAUCCUUGAGGGCCAGCUUAGCUUCAUGAGGAGGGAGAGGGACGAGAUAGAAAGGGAACGGUCGGAGCUGGAGACCCUGAAGAAGCUCUGCAUAGCACCACCAAAGUGGCCAUGGACAACGCCAGAGAGAGGGAGCUGUUCCUCGCUGAUCACGAGGAACUGC